AUGUAUCCCAUAGUAUCGGAAUACGAGGCAAUAACAAGAAGAAGAAGCGAAGAACCAGAAAGAACUAGUUUAUCUCAAAGAUACCAAGUACAAAAAUACUUAGCGCAAGGAUAUGUCAAUUUAACCAUGAUUGGAAAGCCCAACUUCCUCAUGAGCAGACCGUUCGUUCGAGCCGCUGGACUUCUUAAAGGAAACUCCAUGACGGAAAUUAUCCCCGUCAAUACGUUGCCCGAAGGAAACACAUCAGUCAUUCAACAUAGUGUCAUUGAAAUUAUCGACAUUGGCGGUCGUCUUCACUGUCUCAAUGGAUCUAUAAGCCCAUCUUGUUGGCUGAAAAUCAUCACCUUGGCGACAGAUUUCCAAAAUUACAACGUUCUGCUCACGAUUAGCAAUGGCGGACUCGUGUUAAAAGCAAUAAAAGACAUAUCAUCAGGAGAACCGUUAUUAAUGUGGUUUGACGAUUGUAUUUCGACAAUGUUAAACAUUCCAUUUUUAACACCGAUAAAUUGCAACAUUCAAGGUCAGGUUUACAUGUGCCAUAACUGCAACAGCUGUUUCAAUUAUCCAAAUCCUUUGAAGCUGCAUUUGGCGUUGGAUUGCAACCGAAUGGACAACAGUUACAUUUGGAUACUUUUGGCGAAUAAAAUUCUUAAUUCCCCGAGAACGGAUUUAUCCUUCGGUCAGGCAGGCAGAAGCUUCACAUUUGAGCUGAAACCCUUGCCCGUUUCCAGGCCAAUAGCAUUGCCGAUCGGUAUUCCAGCGUACCCGGUGCAAACAAUUGACACUACCACCCGUUCGUUGAGGAACGAUUCGCCGUGCUCGUCGAAUCAAUUAUCGUCCGUGUCCUCGAAUGGUCCCUCACCGGUACCCCCGUAUUCCUCGGUAAAAUCCCCGCCGGCAGAGAUCUUACCGAGCACAUCGACCUACGAAUCGUCCAUCAAGAAUAUGGAGAGAAAUCGCUACUUGGCAUUGAGGCCCUACGAAGCCCUGAUGCAUCGAGAUGUCUACAGGAGUAGUUUCAUACCCUACGACAUGCAUUCUAACAUGCAAGCGGAAUCCAAGAAGAAGGAUCCCGCGGAAGUGGAGACACUUGCCAGCGACAUGGGCAAAUGCGGUGCUGGCUAUAGAUGCAUUUUUUGUGAUAAAAUAUACUCAAGAAAGUACGGACUGCGGAUCCACAUUAGGACGCAUACGGGUUACAAGCCUCUGAAAUGCGACUUUUGCCAGCACAGAUUCGGGGAUCCCAGUAAUCUCAACAAGCACGUGAGAUUACACGCGACAAACGACAGCCCCUAUAAGUGCAAUAUAUGCGACAAAGUCUUGGUCAGAAGGAGAGACUUAGAGAGACACAUAAAUUCCUGGCACUCGGAAAAGAGCGAUACUAACGUUUCCAACGUCGAGGUCAAUGACGGAAAUUAG